AUGUCUUACAGUGCGCGCAUUGUACUUUCACUGGCAGUACACUGUCAUCUCGUGACAUUGCUGGCGUUCACAGGGGUGACUUUGGCAGAUGUCAUUCAACCUCACGAGGCCACAGCAACCAAGCAGGAUACAGACGACCCUCCUGCAGAUAUCCUGCACUAUAGUGGUGAUGAUGACGACUACAUCACCGCCGAGUCUCAAACGUUGUUACCUAACGACCAAGACGACGAGGAAGUUCUCCUUACUGCCGGUUCCGAAGUACGACCGCAAAGACGGCGACGACCUGGCGGGAAAAGGAGGAGACUACCGCUAGACCCCGAACGACUGCGUCUUAUCAUAAAGAGACGACAGGAACUUGGGUUGCCUGUGAGGAAGCUGGUCAGGGCACAGCAGGCUUUAAUAGCUUACGAAGAACAAAUGAGAACACAGCAUGUCAGUAGGGAGAUGUACAAUGGAACAACUAUUUCACCAUGUGAGUGGACUAUAAAAACUUUACAAGGAUGCACCCAUUUACAAGAAUCCGCAGCAGUCGACACAAAGCCCGAAAUACUCACCAGCGCCCACACCCUCGUGACGCCAGCUCCACGCACCCGCCCUUUGACUACAACUACAACCACCACAACGACGCCUGCCCCCGCCGCUGUCACCACCACCAGCACGCGCAGGGGUGCCCGCUUCCCUUCCUUCAGCGCCGUCACUCGAGAGCAGAGACACCGUCACAGAGCAAAAGGGAUCCGUGGCAGUUGGGGCCUUAAGACGAGCGUUGUGGAAAAGAACGAAGAGCAGAAAGAGGAAGCAAAAGACAGGGAAGACGAAAAGGAGACAUUGAGUUCGACGACGCCCAUAUCGAGGUCCCUGUCCACCCGGCGUCGGGGACUCGCCAAGGUGCUAAAGCGACCCGCGCGUCCACUAGCUCUCGGAAACUCUUCCCAGACGCCAACACCCACACUGAAGCCCUCACCCGUAACGGUGAGGAGUGAAGACAAGAGGCUUCGCUACCGCCCCGUCCUCGCCAGGAAGAAAAAUCUCAAGAAGCAACACACGACUACUUCAUCUUCCUCCCAUUCCGUCACGACAGAAUCAUCCAUCCACGGUCCUUACGAACCCGACCAAUAUGGUCACUCGGAAUCCCCGAACCACGACGGCCUCCCGACCAAACCAAGACAAACACCCGUGCCCAAGAAGGUUGUUUUGGAUCCUGUGCUCACGACAAAUAGAUUUUUUCAAGAUCUUCAGGAACCUAAUUACUUUCCCGAGGAACCCACUUCCUCAAAACUCAGACCGGUCUCCACGCCGCAGAAUACCGCCUACACCACUGCAUCGGUGUACACGACAGGAGCCCCGGCCUACGCCUCUGACAAAUCCCUGGACAUAGUGUACGACCCGGCAGAGCACGCAUCCCCUGCCUAUGUCCUGGCGCCAGAUUUCGCCCCAGAGCCAGUUUCCUUUGCCUCUCGAGCCCAGCCACAGCAGUCCUAUGUCCACGAAACAACUUUUGCCCCGGAGCCAGGUUAUGCGAUCGAACCCGAGUACAGCUCCCAACGUGCGUUUGUUCCCGAACCAGUCUAUGAUCCCGACCCUGUUUAUGCCCCUGAACCAGUCCAUGGUUCCACUUUCGACGCCGAACCGGAAUACAGCGAUUAUGAGGAUUACUCGUCAGAGGAGGACAAUGCGGGAGCGGGG